AUGGCUUUUGAAAGUGGUAAGAGCAAAUCACGAGGUUCUCGUAAAAGACAAGUACAUAAUGAAGUGGAAAGAAGGAGAAAAGACAAAAUUAAUGGGUGGAUAUCCAAAAUUGCAGAACUACUGCCGAUACAUGAAUGGCAAAAACAGAGCAAGAUCAGUAUAUUGGAGCAUACUGUGGAUUACAUAAAAUUGUUAACAUCAGAAAAAGAGAAGUUAUUGUCUGACAAUUGUUUGGAAGUGCAAGUUGAAGAAAUCAAGAAAUUGAAGAAGGAUUUGGAAAUGGUAAAAGAACAAAAUACUGCUUAUGAAAAAUUAUUGCAUCAAGCAAAUAUUAGUUUGAGUUCUUUACCUAAGAAAACUUUAAAAUAUAGUGAUGAGUUUGCACAUAGGAAUGGUAUUUUGACUCUUAAAAAUAAUAAAUUUAAUGGUUGCACCACUGCAGAUUGUGCGGUACAGGUAAACUCUGACCUGAUUCUAAACAUAUCAGAUGUAAGUGAAGGUGAAAACAAUAUUACUUCAAAAAGCACCCCACGGUCAUCUAAUAGUGUUAAUAGUAAAAACUCUAAAAAUGCUGGCCUGUCUAAAGUGUCCUCAAGUACUGUAAAAAGUAGUAAAACUAUUGUUACCAGUUCAGCAGUUUUACCCAUUGUGCCUGCUACUGUGCAUAGUACUCAAUCCAAUGUAACUGUUGCAAAUACAAUGCCAAAGCAAAACUUGCAUCACGGGAACAGAAUUUCACAGGAGAAUAUCAUUUCUAUCAUCAACUGGAAUGAUCCUGUACGUAAUUCUUCAACACUGCAUGCUGGUGGCGUGACAACGGUUUUGUCACAAUUUCCUGUUAUGUCCACUAGUCAUAGUUCAACAUUUGCUAAUGUGUGUCCGAAGAAUAUGCCAACUAUUAUUAUUCCUGCUGGUGGAAGCACUCUUCAGCCCUUCUCACACCCUGAAAAGUCAUCUAACACAAUUUCCAUCAUAUGCCCCAGCACUCUGCCAAUAUUUGUACCCCAACAAGUCCUUAAUGUCUCGUCUAUGGCAAGGAAUGUUGGUGUUGCUUCUGCAUUAAUUUGUCCUGCACCAGUGAACAAUCCUGUUUCACACACAGAAACACCAGCUUUGAGUAGCACUUUAGUAACACUUAACCCAAGUUCAAUUGUUCCUAUCUCAUCAACCAUUACUGCAAAUGCACAAAUCAUUUUACCACCGCAAUCAUCUGAAACAGCUAAUGUUUGUAGCAAUGGUAAUGUGGCUCAAAGUAUAUCAUUAAUCAAUCCUACAAUACAAGCAGCAAGUGAUCAGCUCUCAGUGCCUUCAGCUCAACCAAAAACUACUCUAUCUGAAGGUGUUAACUCUCCAAAUUCAGAAAGAUCUUCCACAUCAUCCAAAUCAAAUGCACUGAUUAAAGCUAAAGAAGAAUUGAAUCUCUCAGUAAGUAAGAAUAAUAGUUCAAUUUUACAAACAAAUGCCUUAGAAUCGAGGAAUGACAAGGAUUUGGUUUCUCCGUCAUUAGAUGCAUCUCUAAACUCCUCAGAUAAGCAAGCUUCUAAAAAGGAGCAGAUUACUCAAUGUGAAAGUAAUAAACGUAGCCCAUGCAAAGAGAAAAGAAAUAUUAGUUUAAAUUCUCUUCCUUCUUUACAAGUACUUUCUGCUAACAAAAUUAUAUCUUUAGCAAGUCAGACACAAAAAGUACGUCCAAACUUAAUUCUACCUUUGUACAAAAAAUCUUCGGAUGAUGCAUCGGUAGUUUCCCUGCAGACUACUAAAAGUCAAGCAAUUCAGAAUUCCAAUAACUUUUGUUUGCAAAUUGAUUCUCCUUGUGUAUCUAAAGUUGCAACAAAUGAUCACAACACUUCUAAUACUGCCAAUCCGCCAUCUUCCUCGUCGAUGCCUUCUAAAUUUUCUCUGACAGUUCUAAUGGGAAGUGAUUCUCCUGAUAAGCCCAUUCAUGUCACUCAAAAUGAAAAGUCACCAAAUCAGUCAAGUGGUGAAAUGGCUGGUCAUACAAGUAAUGAACUGCCUGUUGUAGUACCUUCUGCUGCUAUUGAUAAUAGUAUGACUGUAUCACAUGGUAAUUCUCCUGAGAAUGUAUCACUUAUAGUUUCAACGCCUAAUAAAUCAACUGAACUUCCUAAAUUAAAUGAAAAUGUAGAUACUUCUUCAACUUUUUCCAAUGUUCAAAAUAGAAAUAAUAAUUUGAAUAUCCAAAAAACUUGCAACUGUAAACCAGCCAGUGCAGAUAUAAAUGCAAAUGACAAAUCAUUAUCUUCCAACAUUAAUAAUAUCCCUACACCAGCUCUAGAUAUUCCUAAAAGUAAUGUAUUAAGUACAAAUAUUUCGACAGAAUUUUCAUCUAACAUUGAUGGAGGAUCAAAGAACAGAUUGAAUCCAGAAAAUAAUUUUGUAAAUCAGACUGAACUUUCUUUAACACCAUAUUCCAAAGGAAAUUCUGCAUCUGUAAAAGAAGGAUUAUCGAUUCCAAAUACUCAAUCUACUAAUUCUGAAAAUCAACAAAACAGAAAUGUUGCAGUAGAAGUGAAUGUUUUUGGUGAAAGUAUAUCAUAUAUUGUAGAUGAGAAAGAUCAUCAAAAUAUUUUACCGACAUUUUUCGCCAAUAAUCAAAUUUCUUCCCAUCAUUCAUCUGUUUACAUGUGCUCUACAUCUCAUGAAAAUAUUUCUAGUAAUGCUAACAACAUUAAUGAAACUAAUCCCAUGAACACGUGUUUACUACCAGAUUCUUGUUCAGAUUUAUACAACUUUCAAAGUUUGAACAAGGAAAUUACAAUAUCCAACUCAUAUACUGUUGAAACGGCCUUAAAUUCUCCGCAGAAAAGAGCAAAUGAGUCUUAUACUGAGCUUUCAAGGAGUUCUAGUGGUAAGGGAAACAUUUUAAAUAUGGAUAAUAAAAAUGUAUUGAAAAACAACAAGUCAUGCACCUUAAAUAGUAGUUGUACAAAACAGAUUGUAAAUAAGAAGAAAAAAAUACCAAAUGCAAAAGCUCUCAAAACCAAUUUAAAUACAGUGAAAAUGAAUGCCAGUUCAGAUGGCAUUACUGAUGUUUCUAGCUCUGUAAAUAAGUCCUCAGCUAUUGGAAGUGAUACUUCAUUUGCAAAAUCUAAUACAUCCAAUUGUUAUCAUCAAGAACAAAGUCCUUUUGUCUUUACCUCUGAUAUUUUAGCCAGGGCAACUGAAUCCAUCUUCGGUAACGACAUAUUGGAAAAUUCUCAUUUGCCAAAAAAAAGUAAUUGUUUUUCAGAUGAUACUACCAAUCCAAAUGUUUCUACCUCUGAAAAAAAUGAAGAAGACACUUACAAAUUGCAAUAUCCUGAAGAAAAUGUAGUUGUUCAAGCCGCUGUUCCUAUAGAACAAAAAGAAAAGAAAGCCAAUACUUUAGAUGAAAUUCAAAUGCAUGGUAUGGAUGGUAAUGCAUCUACAGAUGUUGGAAAUUUGCAAGAUCCUAGUCACAAACCUGUUAAAAUUUCUCGUUCUCGGAAAGCAAAGUCUGUGGGUGACAUAGAACCACCUUAUAAAAAAGUAAAAGAAAUGUUGGUUACUCCUGAAAAGCAAAGUGAUGUUCACAUCUUCCAGCAAAUUCAUCAAACAGAAAAAAGGGAGGAGAAACAAGCGUCUGUUGAUAUGCAGUUAAACGUUUCCCCAACUUCAAAGCAACUUUCAUCAGAGAUGCAAGUUCAAGACAAUACUCAAGCCAAUGCUGAUUCUACAGAACAGUUCGGGAAUCAAAUUCAUAUGUCAGAAAGCAGUUGUAAAACACAAAUGGUAGAUAAUAUUUUCUCAUUAACGCCGAUGUUGGGAGACAUCUUAAAAGAUGUUUCUCAUAAUAAUAAUAAUUUAGAGCCUAGGGGUGCUGGACUUUUAUCAUGCAAUGAUUCCCAGAAUCUUUUUCAAGCCGACAAAAAUUUCAUGUCUUUUAACUACACUAGUACUGCUAAUGAAGAUUACAUGAAUUUGCCACGUAUGUAUUUUCCAAUAAUCCCUGAUAUUUCAGCUGCUUCCGUUGUUCAAGUAACAAAUGUAUCUUAUGCUCACAGUGUAUCUUUGUGUUCCACUCAAAGUGAUUCAAUGAAAACUACUGAAACAGUUUCAGCAUCUGAUGCUCAAAACAAACCCGAGUUGAAAAAGUCAGUACAGCCAGUUUUGCAGGAAAAUCAAAAUUCUUUAAAUUGUGAAGUAACUUCUAACUUGUCGAAGCAUUCAGAAUGUGUUCUAAAAUUGUCUGAUUCAGAGCCACAAUUCACAAAUACAGCUCCGAAAUUGUCCAGUAAUUCAUCAUUAUUAUUUGAGGGACAAAAUUCAGAAAUUCAUGCUCCAAGCUUAAGUCAUGCUAAUCAUACAAUUAACUCUACAAUUUCUCAAAAUAAUUUAAAUUAUAUGUCAAGAGAGACAUUUGCGCCUACCGUUUCUCACAACAUAACUUUUUAUCCUACCAUUUCUUCAAGUUCAACCAAUGUUCAAAAUUUUCCUUCUGUUUCAUCAAUGCUGCCUCAUAGUAAUUACCUUUCCAGUAAUUCAUCUAGCCUAACAACUUUAUCAUUUCCUGUUCCAGUAUCUAGUGCCCCAAGUAAUACAAAUACUUUUAGUUCACAAUCAGCAUCUUCGAAAUCUGACUCACUUAGCCACUCUCUGUGUUCACUUUUAAAAGAAAAUACAAGUUCUGUUGUUGAAAGUAGGUCUGGAGCAGGUGGUUCCACAACUGUACAGAAUGUUAGCACAUCAACAAACACCAUUCAAUCAAAAUACUCUGCACUUUCACUCAUAUCUGAUCAAACGUCAUAUUCUGAUUCAGUUUCAUCAGCAGCGUGUCAUUCUGAUUAUCCCCAAACCACUUUAAUCUACACUCCGACUUCAUCUGAAACUCAUUUUACAUCUACUGCAUCGACUUGUGGACGUAAUCAGCGAACUUCACUUUCUUAUUCAGCUGAAAGUCUCUUACAAACUUCAUGUGCAAAUUCAGAAAAAAGUAAAAACAAAUUUUCCAAUAGGUAUCAACAGCGCGUAACUGAUAAAAAAAGUGAUCGCAUUGCAAGCAUACACAACAUGACCGACACUAACAUAUUCAUGCCGGUUUCAAACUGUGAGCUGAAUAUUCAAAAUGUGCCUUUAGUGCCUUUACCGCCUGUCACUACUUUUCAAAAUUUCUCAUCAUCGUACUCCUUAUGUGACACAGUACCCUCUACAACUAUUUUCAACACUGUAGCAAGAACACAUGAAAUUCCAUUGUCUCAUUCUAAUGAUAAUUUCCUUAAUCAUGUCAAUUUAAGUGUAGAAUCUCAAAUAUUAAAUAACAGACAUGAAAAUUCUGCAGUGCCUAAACCUCAUUCAAAUAUUCCCUUACCAUUUGAAAACCAUGGAACGCUUUAUAAUAGUUGUAAUUUUUUGCCUCACGUAAAACCUACUAUUGAAAGUUCUAGACCAGUUGAAUCUACCACUUGCUUCCAACCUACUUCAUUUAACAAUAAUUAUUCACAGCCAACCCAGAAGCCCAACUGUUGCCAUUUUUCGCAUCGAACACUUUCCGGGAAUCCGGAACUGACUACUGAUAUAAGUUUACCCAUUACUGGUACUUCAGUGCCAUCAUUCCAUGCUGAAAAAGGCAGUUACCCAACUAAAAGGCCUGCCUUACAGCCAACCUUCUCGCAAAGCAAUUCUAACUUUGUUGGAAAUUUCUUUUAUCCGACAGCUAAUGUUCAUGACGGAAAUGACAUAACUUCUAAGCUUCCAAACCUGAGGCCAUCCCAAGAUGCCUUUGCACCUGAUGGAAUCCGGCAGAAUACCAAUGACUCAAAUUCUGGAAUCAUCUUCAACAAUCGUAAAAAUAUAACAUCUAAUCGCUCCAAGUCAAAAAAGGGAAAAAGUGUUAAUCCUAAUGAAAGCAAUAUAAAUUUAAUUCCUAAUAGCAUGGCAAAUUUUAGCAGUACACAGGACCCCUCCUGUAACAAAGUCAAUUUGCCAUGUGUUUCAAAUGGUUAUUUUAAAAAUAAUUCUCAUGCUGUAAUUGCUUCCCAAAAUCAGUUGUCAUGUCCUCAGACUAAAAUGUCAGAAAGUUCAGCAACAUCUGUAAUGCCUAGUAAUCCCCCCUUUAAUCCACUUCUUCAUCAACAAGGAGACAAUUUUUUGAGUUUAAACUUUCAACCCCCCAAUUUUGCUGUUAGUCCUUUGUCUCGACCACCAACUCAGCCUUUGUCUUGUUCAUGUUUGACAGCUCCAAUUAUCAGUCAUACAUUUUCUUCAACAGCUCAUCCUGUUCCUAACUUUAACUUGAGUAAUAUUUUGCCUGAUAUGAGCUGCUCGGGAAGCCAAGUCUCGAUAUCUCCUGUAAAGUUUCCUACAAUGAAUCAUGCUCUACCAACAUCUACAACUCAGUGUCAGACUAAUUCUAAUAUUGGCAAUUCUGCUCACAUUGUAUCUCAUCAGUCUUGUACACCAUCUUUAUAUCCCCCUCAUCCACCUCUUGUGAGAGGUACCUUAAACCCUAUAAUUGGUCACAAUUCACAAUCAUUAAAUGAAAAUCAAGUCCCUCUUGUUGGCGCUGGAGGACCAGUCCCUCAAAAUACUUUUUCUGCUACUCAAAACCCUACUUUUCGAAAUGUAAUUCAUUCUUUACCCUUUUCACGUACCAACAGGUGA